AAUGAGAUCAGUUCACUUUGAGGUUUAAGAAACUUGCGGUUCACGUCGGAGGUUAUCUUUGGAUCAACAGGUGACUUAUUGCGUAACGGUGAUGUGCGUAAUCCAAAAGAGAUAAAGUUUUACCACACAGAGAGAUAAGUUCUGCUGUUUUUUUUUAUUAUUCAGAGAAAGGGGUUAUCUUUGCGUAAGUAACAGAACUUUUCCUGGCUUUUGGACAUGGCAGAGGGAGACUUUUACACGAUGGGAAGCCGGCAGAGAUUUCCCAGAGAUCCGUUUGGAGAAUUCCGGGAUCAGUCACCGUUCAGGGAUCAGCUCGCCUCUCGGUUUAUGGAAGAUGACUUUGGGAUGCCACCUUUCCCCGACGACCUGGCGAUGGACUGGCCGGGCUGGGCUCGGCCGGGCCGGCUAAGCACGCGCCUCAGCCCGUCGCCGUUCAGCAGCACUUUACGCACAGGUUUCCCCCAGCGUCAGUCCACCGGAGGCCCCGCGCUGUACACCAGCAGGUACGGAGAGCCCUCCUCCCGCAGCUCCCCCACCGGCACCGUCUCCACCACCGGCGGGGAGCCCUGGAAGGUCUGCGUGAACGUCCACAGCUUCAAACCAGAGGAGCUGAACGUAAAGACGAGAGACGGAUUUGUAGAAGUGUCAGGAAAACACGAAGAGAAACAAGAAGAAGGAGGCAUAGUGACAAAGAAUUUCACAAAGAAGAUCCAGAUCCCCGUAGACGUGGACCCUCUGACGGUGUUCGCCUCUUUGUCCCCGGAGGGCGUCCUCAUCAUCGAAGCUCGGCAGACGCCUCCGUACUACCUGUUCAGCAGCGACGGCUCCCCGGCUGGAGAAACGCAGGAAGUGGAUUCCCCCAAACCCCAGGAGGCCUCCAUGGCCUGAACCUCCCGAAUAGCAUCCUGCACAAGCAGUUACAAGUUUGAUAUUAAACGUUCAUGUUGUUAGACAUCUGGAAUUAAAAUGUGUAAAGUCCUAUUUGAUGUCCACAUUAAAGCUGUAUCAGGCA